GAAUUCGUUUUUUUCGUCUUUCUCUGCAAAUUAACCCAUUUGACUGUUUGUAGUUUCUUUCGCAGAUUUAUAAAGUUGGUCUUCUUCUCUUCUAAUCGGAUCGAUUCUGCUUCCGGUUAACCGGUUUUGUUCCCCGGCGACAAUCAGCAAUCUCCUCCCCGGCCAAUGAUAUACACGUUGACGAGAGGUUCGCUUCUCGGCUCUACCUGUAAGCUACGCUACUCUUCUUUAUUUUCUUAUCUGAGCACAGCUGCGCUGAGAUUGGGUUUUGAAAACCCUACUAAUGGAAAUCCGAUGGAUAAUUCUUCGCAUCACAUUGGUUAUGUAAAUGGGUUUAACGGUGGAGAACAAUCGCUUGGUGGGUUUCAGCAGAAUUCAUAUGAGCAGAGCUUAAACCCUGUUUCUGGGCAGAAUCCGACGAAUAGGUUUUAUCAAAACGGAUACAAUCGGAAUCAGAGUUAUGGGGAACAUAGUGAAAUUAUUAAUCAGAGAAAUCAAAAUUGGCAAAGUAGUGAUGGUUGUUCCUCGUAUGGAACUACUGGAAAUGGAGUUCCACAAGAGAAUAAUACUGGUGGGAAUCAUUUUCAGCAAGAUCAUAGUGGUCAUAGCUCGUUGGACGAAUUGGAUUCGAUUUGCAGAGAAGGGAAGGUUAAAAAAGCUGUUGAAAUUAUUAAAUCAUGGAGAAAUGAGGGUUAUGUUGUGGAUUUACCUAGACUGUUUUGGAUAGCACAGCUUUGUGGAGAUGCACAAGCUUUACAAGAAGCCAAAGUUGUUCAUGAGUUUAUUACUUCUUCGGUUGGGAUUUCAGAUAUCAGCGCUUACAACUCGAUAAUCGAAAUGUACUCUGGUUGUGGUUCUGUGGAAGAUGCAUUAACCGUUUUCAAUAGUAUGCCUGAGAGAAACUUGGAGACUUGGUGUGGUGUUAUAAGGUGUUUUGCAAAGAAUGGGCAAGGGGAAGACGCCAUUGAUACGUUCUCUCGGUUUAAACAAGAAGGAAACAAACCUGAUGGUGAAAUGUUUAAAGAGAUCUUCUUUGCGUGUGGUGUUCUUGGUGACAUGAACGAGGGACUGUUGCACUUUGAGUCCAUGUACAAAGAGUAUGGAAUUAUCCCUUGUAUGGAACAUUACGUGAGCCUCGUUAAAAUGUUGGCGGAGCCUGGUUAUUUAGAUGAAGCCUUGAGAUUUGUUGAAUCGAUGGAACCAAAUGUAGAUUUGUGGGAAACCCUGAUGAAUCUAUCACGGGUUCAUGGGGAUUUAAUUCUUGGCGACCGGUGUCAAGAUAUGGUUGAGCAGCUUGAUGCAAGUAGACUGAACAAAGAGUCAAAGGCGGGUCUUGUACCUGUGAAAUCAUCAGACCUAGUAAAAGAGAAAUUACAAAGAAUGGCCAAAGGGCCAAAUUAUGGGAUUCGAUAUAUGGCAGCUGGAGAUAUUUCUCGUCCAGAAAACAGAGAGUUGUAUAUGGCAUUGAAGAGUUUAAAGGAGCAUAUGAUAGAAAUUGGUUAUGUACCUCUAUCUAAACUUGCAUUGCACGACGUGGACCAAGAGAGCAAAGACGAAAACCUUUUCAAUCAUAAUGAGAGAUUCGCUUUCAUCUCGACAUUUCUUGACACUCCUGCGCGUUCGUUAAUACGAGUAAUGAAAAAUCUACGUGUAUGCGCAGAUUGCCAUAACGCAUUGAAGUUGAUGUCAAAGAUAGUUGGGAGAGAGUUGAUUUCGCGAGAUGCAAAGAGGUUUCACCAUAUGAAAGAUGGUGUUUGCUCCUGUAGAGAGUAUUGGUAACGUCUUUCCACACAGAGAGGAGGAGCAAACACACAUUUAAGGAUUACAAUGGAAACAUGGUUUUAGUGUUCAUUUUUUUUUGCAGGAUGUUUUGUAUUUGUCCACUCAGUGAGGAAGAAACAUUCUUAAAUCACAAGAUCAUAAAAUUUCACGGUUCGAUAUGAUUGACCAGAG